UGAUGUCGCAUGAGAUGACUAAUUCCCUUCCCAUCUUGUCUGUUCUUGAACAUUCCCAAGUAUCGCCACCGCCUGCCACCGUCGGCGACAACUCUUUACCACUCACUUUCUUUGACAUAUAUUGGCUAAACUCUCCUCCGGUUCACCAUCUUUUCUUCUAUGACCUUCCACUCACUAAGGCUCGGUUCACUGAAAUCAUUGUUCCCAAUCUUAAACGCUCGUUAUCAAUCACCCUUCAACAUUUCUUCCCUUUCGCCGGCAACUUGAUCAUAUUUCCCACUCCAACUCGAAAACCCGAAAUACGUUAUGGAGAAGGCGAUUCGAUCGCCGUUACCGUUGCAGAAUGUAAUCUUGAUUUCGACGAUCUAACAGGAAACCAUCCUCGAGAUUGCGAUAAGUUUUAUCAUCUUAUACCGUCUCUUGGACCGGCUGUUAAGGUAUCAGAUUAUGUAUCGAUCCCAGUUUUUUCAAUUCAAGUGACGCUUUUUCCAAACCAUGGAAUCUCUAUAGGAAUGACAAAUCUCCAUGCCCUCGGUGAUGCUACCACUCGGUUCGGUUUCUUGAAGGCGUGGACAAAGAUUGCGAGAUCUGGUACAGAUGAAUCAUUUCUAGCUAAUGGAACUUUACCCUUAUAUGAUAGAGUGGUUCAAAACCAGAAACUAGACGAAAGUUAUCUAAAGCGGGUCAACGUUGAAGCUUUUAACGAAGAGUAUCGACCUCAAAACCUUUCUGGACCGACUGAUAAAGUUCGAGCCACGCUUGUCUUGACACGAACUACAAUCAAUCGGAUGAAGAAACGGGUUUCUACUAAUUUGCCAACAUUAGAAUAUGUAUCAUCUUUUACUGUAGCAUGUGGGUAUAUCUGGAGUUGCAUCGCAAAAUCACGCAACGACGAACUGGAGCUAUUUGGUUUCGCUGUGGAUUGUAGGGCACGUAUGGAUCCGCCGAUCCCGGCAGCCUACUUCGGCAACUGUGUUGGGGGGUGUGCGGUGAUGGCAAAAAGGACUCUUUUAACCGGAAAGGAUGGAUUCGUGACUGCUGCAAAAUUGCUUGGAGAGAAUCUACAUGAGUUGUUGACCCAUAAGGAUGGAAUCGUGAAAGAUAUUUUUGCGAUGAUUGACGAUUUGUUAUCUAACGGGAUGCCAACGACAACGAUGGGAGUUGCCGGAACACCCAAACUCAAAUUCUAUGACAUCGAUUUCGGAUGGGGUAAGCCUAAGAAACACGAAACAAUUUCAAUCGAUUAUAACAAUUCCAUAUCUCUAAGCACAUGUAAAGAAUCAAAGGAAGAUCUGGAGAUCGGCGUGUGUCUUUCGGCUAUGGAGAUGGAAGCUUUCGUUCAUAUCUUCCACGAAGGAUUAGAAGCAUAUCUUUAAUUAGAUUCUUCUGUUUUGAUUAUUAUGUUAAUCGGAAAUCUCUCCUUUACCUCUCUUUUGUGUCAUCGUUCUCAUUGAUUCGCUUUUCUUUUUGUUGCAAACCUUUGGUUCGAUCU